CUCAGUUGAAAAUUUCACGUUAAGCCAAUUAGUCGGAUACAAAUUGAAGUCAAUCGAGUGAAGUGCCAUUUUGAAUUAAUUGUUUCAAUUUGUACUUUUAAGUGAUUCUUAAUGACCAAUUAAUUGUUGAGUUUUAUUCUUCUUAAUCCCGAGGAUUUGUUCUCACGAAAAAAUAAAAGUUAAUAAUAAUGAUUAAUAAUCAUCAAACUGGAUAUUAUGAUAUGGACAAUAAUGUUGUUAUCGGUGACAAUUCAAGUGAAGUUGAUGUGCUUAAUACAACGCCAUUCUCUGUCCGUGAUAUUUUAAACAUUGCUAAUCAAAAUAAUGAGGAAAAUAUUUAUCAAGAUCCGAUGAAUUCGUCGGAAUUGUUUUCGCAAAAGUUUUAUGGAAAUAGCUGUGGAUCGUCUUAUGGUGCUAAUAGUGGUCAAUAUAAAAGCUUUCGUACAUCAAGUGAUCAAGUGGGUCUCUAUGACUACUCAUUCAACAACAAUUACCUCCUCUUCCAAAACACCCCAUCCAAUUUUUCAAAUUUCGAUUAUGGAACUUCAAAUUCAUCACUUUACCACGACUACAAUCCAGUCUCAAUUCCAAAUUACAACCACUUUCCCACAACGUCCACAACGCCAAUUUUUCCUUCAACAAAUAUUCGACAUUCAAAUGUUCCUACAACUGUUGAUAAUGUAAACAAGUGCCAAUCACAAAUCAAGAAUGACUCUUCAUCGAGUUCAAAUUCAGAGUCGAUGUCGGUGGGGAAAGUGCAGACAAUUGUUCAUAAUACAUCCGAGCAUGUACAAGAAUUGAAUCAGAUGUGUCAAAUUAAGGAUCCGAAGGAGUUUGAUAAGAACAUAGGCAAAGACACCAACACACACAUCGUUACAUCAUCAUCGUCAUGUGGAAAAUCAGGAAAGUCAAAAUCAAAGAGGAAACCUAGAAUCUUAUUUUCACAAUCACAGGUUGUAGAGCUAGAGAGGAGAUUUAAAAUCCAAAAAUAUCUUUCAGCCCCGGAACGAGAAACGUUAGCAAGCAAUUUGAAUUUGACUCCUACGCAAAUUAAGAUUUGGUUCCAAAACCGUCGAUACAAAUCAAAACGCCUUCAAAUCGAAUGUGGCAUCCAAACAGUCUCAUCCGGAAACUCAAAAUCAAAGGACCUCAUCAAAAAUACAUCAACAAAGUCCAACUAUCAAGCACCUCCAACAAAUAUCAACAUCGCAACCCUUCAAUCGUCAUUACAGCCUCCAUUUUCAUACAACAACAACAACAUCUUCUGGUAACAUUGCACUUUCUUUGUUCUAAUGGGCCCAGGAAAGGAAGUCUGAGGAAUUAUUUUUUUGUACUUUUUUAUAUUAUAUUAUACAUACAUAUGAGAAUCUAUUACAGUUGAAUGUAAAAAUUAUGAAAGAAAAAAAAAUCUUUUUUGAAGAAUUAAAAAAGAAAUAUUUUAAAAAAAAAAUUAUGAAGAAGACUAUCGCGUUGUAUUUCUUGUUGUUCAAAAGGGCAUCUGUUUUAUUUUGUGUUACUCUCCUUUCGGCUGCUUACUGUCGGCUUCAAAUCUCAAAUGCGAUAACCCAGCAAUAUAUUAAAUUCACAUAACUUUUAGUCUCUGUUUCUGUGUGCUGUGUUUUAUGGAUGCGAGGCAUGUUGGAUGGCUGGGUGAUGUGAAUGUUGAGGCUGAAGAAAUUGAUGGAAGUAGUUGCUAAGCUAAAUGAUUUGUUUU